UUACUAAAGCCUGUGUUAUGGUUAUUCUAACGCAUGGCACGUGCGUGCAAAACAAAAAUAAACAACUCCAAUCAAUGUACGCGUACGCGGUCCUUCCUCUGCUCAACUUGUGCAUUUUAUUCCGACAACACAGCAUUUAUGGAAUCAAAAUCUAGAAAUGACUCAACCGCAAAGGCCAUCACAGAGGGUCUUAUCAAACCGUCGGAACGAACUCGAUUCCAGGAGACAAGGGGUCGCACGACGGAAAUGCUGAUACCAAUGCAGAAAGGCAAGGCGGGGAAACCCAGGGCCUCAGAAGGGUUCAAACCCAAAAAGAAGCUAUCCCGAAAGGAGAUAGCCCAAAUGGGUAUUUACGCACUCCCCGAAGACACAAUCCGCUAUCAACAGGUUGUUCCGCUGCAUCGGCUUUGGUGUGGCUACAUGGCUAGGUAUUUGGGAAAGGAAAAACUGCCGGAUGUCAUCGAAAGUCAAUACACUCAGUUUGCGUUAGAUAUUCUUAAAGCUGAUUACCACGGUGCUAAGAUCAGUGUUGUGCGGACCAAAAACCCUAGUCUGGUAGGAAUUCGAGGCAUUGUUAUACUUGAAACGAAAGGUACCUUUAAAGUCGUUUCUAAGGACAACAAAGUACGCACUGUCCCAAAGGCGGAUUCAGUAUUCCAAAUUCACUGGAAGAAUGUGGACGUUACCGUAUUCGGGAAACAGUUGAAUUCGAGGCCAGCAGAGCGAUCAGUCAAGAAAGUGAAAAUGUUUCCAGAGUGUGAUUUAGAUUAAAUUGAAAAAUUCAGAAAAAUAUAAUGUUAUUCACUUGGA